AGCGCGCGCCCAGAUUCUCUCCAUCCGGGUCUCUAUGCUUUUGAGACUUGUCGGUGCUGCGGGUCGGUAAAAGGAGGCGGGAAAUGGCGACUGUAGAAGCAGCGGAGGAACUGAGAAGAGACUGUUUUUAAAUAAUGAAAAAAACAUAAGAUCACGAAAAAGACAGUGGAAAAGGGAACCUGUGAUACAACCCUUACGUAAUUAACCACCUGGGUUCGGUCCCUGAGCUGCUUGACCGGGAAGGAAGGUUCCUAUUUAGCGAGCCAGGCCGAGCUCCACUGCGAAGCGAUUCCUAGUACUGCACAGGGACCAGGGAGACAGCCAUCAAUUACACAUAGUGCUGGGUGAUGAAAUCUGGAUUCACCACUACAGUCUAGAGUCAAAAGCCCAGUCAAUGAGGAUGGAGAGGUUGACCCCACACUCUUUUUUCAUGUGACGCUUAAAAAGAUGAGGCUGAGAAUGCGGAAGGCUUCUCAGCAGUCAGCCCCAGUAAAUGUACAGCGCACACCAAGAACCAAACGGAAACAUUCAGAAGUUGAGGAGUGUGUGCAAGUAACAGGAGGAAAAACACAGAAAAAUGAAACUGGCUUGCUUUCUUCAAUCAAAAAAUUAAUCAGGGGAAAUGCCAAGACAGAGCAAGAAAAUCCUCCUAAAAAAAGCAGAAUUGAGUGUGAUUUAGAUAGCAACUUAAUAUCAUCAACACCUCAGACUGGUGACUUGCCUAAUAAACACCUGUCCAGGGUUAGACGGAAAAGCCCUAUCAAUGGAGAAGCCACCAAUCACAAUACAAACAAACACGUAAAGCCUAACGGAAAGCUAGAAGAUCCUGCUGACACAGCUGGUAGUCCUCCAAGGACAACGUUGCUGGGAACCAUCUUUUCACCUGUGUUUAAUUUUUUUUCACCAGCAAACAAAAAUGGAACCUCAGGUUCCGAUUCUCCAGGACAAGCCGUUGAGGCUGAAGAAAUUGUUAAACAAUUGGAUAUGGAACAGGUAGAGGAGAUGCCUACAAGUACUGCAACCUCUACUGAAGAUGUGGCUUACCAGGAUAUCCCAAUUCGUUCCUCUACAGAGAAUGGUUCAGAGGAGGGAGAAAUUACAUCAGACGGUGACCUUCCACCAUUAACAGCUCCAGGGUCCGCCCAAGACAGUGGCUAUUCUGAAGCAUCUGCUGCACCUCCCGAAGGAACGUAUGAGGAAGACUGGGAAGUUUUUGACCCGUACUAUUUUAUCAAGCAUGUCCCACCUUUGACAGAAGAACAGCUAAAUCGAAAACCAGCCCUUCCUUUGAAGACACGAAGCACACCAGAGUUCUCACUGGUUUUGGACCUGGAUGAAACUUUAGUACAUUGCAGCCUAAAUGAGUUGGAGGAUGCAGCACUUACGUUUCCUGUUCUCUUCCAAGAUGUUAUAUAUCAGGUUUAUGUUCGUUUGAGACCAUUCUUCAGAGAGUUCCUGGAGCGCAUGUCACAGAUUUAUGAAAUCAUCCUUUUCACUGCCUCUAAGAAGGUAUAUGCAGAUAAACUCCUUAAUAUCCUGGAUCCAAAAAAGCAGUUGGUUAGGCACAGACUUUUUCGUGAACAUUGUGUUUGUGUCCAAGGAAACUACAUAAAGGACCUAAAUAUUCUUGGGAGGGAUCUGUCAAAAACAAUUAUUAUUGACAAUUCACCACAGGCCUUUGCAUACCAGCUUUCCAAUGGGAUUCCUAUAGAGAGCUGGUUUAUGGAUAAAAAUGAUAACGAACUCCUGAAACUGGUUCCAUUUUUGGAGAAACUUGUGGAAUUGAAUGAGGACGUUAGACCUCACAUCAGAGAGCGGUUUCGCUUGCAUGAUUUACUUCCUCCUGACUGAACAUCAAGCCAAAUUAAGCCCUCCGAAAUCCAUCAAAAACAAACAGUAAUACAUUAUGUGAAUCUCUGGAAGGGGAAGAACCCUACAGGACCCUCUGGACUACAAUUACAAAUAUCGCCAUUACUGUUGAAAUUUGCAAUUUGUAUAUCACAUUGCUUUUCUUAUAUUUGACGUCAAAUACAAAACCAGUCCAGGAUUUACUCAGAGACUUGUUUAGAGACAACUGAAGUAAACAACAACUUAGCAUUCAGUUUACAGGCCUUUGGAAGACAAAUUAGGGGCUGUCAGUUAGAGGUGUUCUAACUUGACAAACAGAGAUUCCAACUGUUUUUUCUUUUGCUGAGAAGAGUUUGUGAUGUUGAAAGGAAAAGAACUAUUCCCUACUUGGUGCUCAACUUUUGUUGCCACUUGGUGACUUUAGACUCUCAUUUCAACAGGAAUGGCCAGUAAAGAUUUGUUUUAUUUUUAUUUUUCUUUGUUCAAAUUUUUAAACUUUUUACCUUUUACUUAUAUUAGACUAGAAUUUCAUUAUGCAUUCCUUUUAGUUGAGACGCUUCUUAGAUUAAUCUGGUUAUAGCCAACAUUUUUUCAUAUGUAUUUGAAUUGGCGUUUUCCUGCUUUGUCUGCCUGCAUAAUGUAUAUUUGUUAAAAUAAAAAAAAAUAUUCUAUAGUUUUAGUCCAAGUCAGUUCAAAAAGACAUUAUGUUCCUGUAUUAAAAUAUUUCAGUGUACUUUAAUGUUGUAUAAAAGUUCAUACAGAAGAGAUCGUUGAGAGCAGUUUAAACCAUAGUGAUGGCUUGUAAAUUGGAAAGCAGAGGAAGUUUUCAAACAACCAGUGUGUCAUUGGUUGUAAGUGAAGUUCAGAAGUAUUUCUUAAACUGAAUUUUAAAAUAUAUACAGUAUGUUACCUGUGGGGGGGGGGGAAUAUUCUCAUUAUCUUGGGCUGCUUUACAGUUUUUUCUCUCCUGAAUAUUGAGUUUACCCUUAGUUUAAUAGCUAUGUUUUUACAUCACAGAUCUUUCUUGCCAUUAUUAAAGGCUUUUCAUAAAAAGGGUAUUGCACCCUGUCUUGUUGUUUGCCCGUCUCCCACUUUUGCAGCGUCCCUUGGGUAUCGUAUUUUUCAUUUAGGUAUUUUUGACCCCUUCCCUCAAACAUUUGUAUUUUGAAUCUACAAGGGUAUCUUCCUGUUUGGCUCAUCCUUACAACUUGUGUUUAAAAAUGCUUUACAUCAAAGAGAAGGGAAUUCAAGCACCCAGCAGUAGUUUGGUAACCUGGCAGCUUAUUCAUGUGGUAGAGCUUUAGUGAACAAUGGUUAAGAAACCGUUUAUCAUUUGCAUAUGCUUAAGAAAACCAUAGGUAGUAGGGCAGAUUUCUUCCAGGUAGAUUGUAAAGAAAAUUGAUAUUUAUGCAAAGGUGUCAUCAAUGUUAUCACUGUGGUUUAAAUCUGUUAUAUGUAAGGGUGUGUAUGUGUAUAAAUGUGCACACAUGUACAUGUAUGUUUUUUUUUAUUCUUUUGAUUCACAUUGAGAUGAAUCUCUAGAAGAUUAAAUCAGAAGAUACAUCACUAUGUAUAUGUCAUAGUUGGACUGGCAAAUCAGUCUCAUUUCAGUUAGUCAAUGUGUUUGUCAAUGAGACUCAUUUUUCAAUUUACCUAUGACAUAUGUAUACACACGUUUGUGUGUCAUGCACAGAACAUUGUUGUCUACUGUCCUGCUCUGUGUUAGAAAAAUCCUCCCUUGAUAUGUUAUGCUGUAGUUUUCAGUGUUGUCUCCCAAGUUCAGGAUUGUUCUUCAGAUUUGCAUCAGGUGGGAGUUUUAAAUUUUAAUGGUGAUUGUAUGCUGCCUCUUCACUACUUUAACAGGCCUGGACUGUGCUCUGCUAUACCCGACCUCUUCCCAGAGAAUGUAGAAAACAGCACUUUUCUGAAGAAGAGUUUGCUAAUUUUAUAUGAUUGUUGAAGAACAGUAUAGUGAUAUAUGGUAAAGGUGGAAAAAUGAAUAUUUCAAAUGUACACCAAUCGAUUUUUUUUUAAAUGUAAAUUAGCAGUUGUACAACUAUGUUGUACAGUGCACAUGCAGCUUCAAGAAAAAAAAUCCUUAAAGUAAGGAAAAUCUUUUUAAGAAAAAGUUUAAUUUUUGUAUUUUUGAUUUUAAGAGGCAUGAGUAAUGUCUACUUUUUCAGUGUAUUAAUGAAAAUUUAACUUUUCAUCAGGUUGAGUGUUUUCUUACUAUAUUAUGUUUUGUGUAUGUAGUUUAGCACAUUGUGUCACAAAACUGUUUAAAACAAAACAUAGCAUGUAGACUCAAACCUGUUUGUGGGGGUGGGUGGCUGGGAGGGAGGGAGGCAAAAUCAAAUCCAUUUAAUUUAAUCUUUGCAGGUUUUUUCACCAGAAAAAAAAAACUGACAGUAAUUUGAGUUUCAGAAUUCUGGUUUUGUAUUAAAGGUAUUUUGCUUGCAAAAAAUACUUAAUUUUAAAUAACAUUUUUAGCUGUAUUUACCUUAAAUGAUAUCUAUACAUCAUUAUAAUAGUUUUGUUUAACUUGAACUACAAUGUAUAUUACAUGCUGUUGGGGGAAAAAAAUAGGUAAGUGUUCAGACUACAGUCCAAAUCACUUUUUAAUUUUUAUUCUACCAGAACUAUUCAUUUUUGUGCAGUUUAUUUCAGCAUCCAGGUAAGCACUUGCCUUGAGACAAAUGACUAAUUGCAAUAUUUUCUUGCUAUCCUACUACAGCCAUGUUAAAAAAACAAAAAAAAAAAACAGUUAAAACGUGUUCCCCACAACUGACAGGUUGGAAACAGAUACACAGAAUAGAAACAUUGCUGAUCUGGUUCAGCAAGAAAACACUAAAACCUUUAAAUCUGUCAAAUUACAUUUUUGGGUCAGCUUUUACUUUAAGCAGUUUCUAAAGAGUCUUGAGUUGUUUUUAUCCCCAUAAAACAUGAUUUUCAGCCUUAAAUAAAGACACCAGCAUUUAAUUCUGCACCUCCUCAUUUGACAUUAAAUUUGUGUUCCAAAAGUGUAUUCAUUUUUUGAGGACUCGAAUUUUAAGCUUUAUCUUCAGCCAGCAAUGUUUGUGAAUAAAGACUUAAUCAGUUUCAAGGACCGAAACUUUUUUUUUUUUUUUAAAAAUCCUUGGAAGACUUUAAUGCAUUAUUAAGCUCUAGUUUGGGAGCUUUCUAAACUUAACACUACUUGGCUCUGUGUCUGUCUGAAGAGCUACCAUUGUGAUAUCAGAUAUCUUAAUAAAUAAUAAAAUGAAAUGGCAAAUGCUUGCCCUGCUAUGCCUGUAAGUUUUUACGUCCCUCUUACUUUUGAUGUAAUAUGUUGUUCUGUAAAUUCUUCAGAGUAAAAUGAAAAUUCCUUCUUGUGCA